UGCUACCAGCAUGAGCAGCUCACCUUCCAGUACACACUUCACUGAAAGCUCCUCAGUAGAUACACAACACACAACAGCAACAACUACUCAAGCUUCUAUACCUGCCACCCCUCACGUCUCAGUGACAGCUUCAACCCAGAAAAUGCCAACAGUGUCAACAUUCAUCACUUCUACACAGGAAUUACCAACAUCUUCUCAGAGCCAACUGACUGGAAGCAUGAAGACCACCAGCAAACCUCAAACCACCAUGACCACAGAUGUGACCACAUCAGCUCUUUCAACCUCCUCAGGUGACCAAACCCAGAAAGACACAGCUUCCCAGGGAAUACCCUCUCCUCAUGCAACAACCACCUCACAUGCUACCAGCCUGAGCAGCUCACCUUCCAGUACAUACUCCACUCAAAGCACCUCAGUAGAUACACAACACACAACAGCAACAACUACUCAAGGGUCUACACGUGCCACCACUCAGGUCUCAGUGACAGCUUCAACCCAGAAAAUGCCAACACUGUCAACACUCAUCACUUCUACACAGGAAUUACCAACAUCUUCUCAGAGCCAACAGACUGCAAGCAUGAAGACCACCAGCAAACCUCAAACCACCACAACCACAGAGGUGACCACAUCAGCUCUUUCAGCAUCCUCAGGUGACCAAACCGAGACAGACACAGGUUCCCAGGGAACAACCACUCCUCAUGCAACAGCCACCUCACAUGCUACCAGCAUAAGCAGCUCACCUUCAGGUACACCCUCCUCGGAAAGCUCCUCAGUAGAUACACAACACACAACAGCAACAACUACUCAAGGGUCUACACGUGCCACCACUCAGGUCUCAGUGACAGCUUCAACCCAGAAAAUGCCAACACUGUCAACACUCAUCACUUCUACACAGGAAUUACCAACAUCUUCUCAGAGCCAACAGACUACAAGCAUGAAGACCACCAGCAAACCUCAAACCACCUGGACUACAAAGGUGACCACAUCAGCUCUUUCAACCUCCUCAGGUGACCAAACCCAGACAGACACAGCUUCCCAGGGAACACCCUCUCCUCAUGCAACAACCACCUCACAUGCUACCAGCAUGAGCAGCUCACCUUCCAGUACAUACUCCACUGAAAGCUCCUCAGUAGAUACACAACACACAACAGCAACAACUACUCAAGGGUCUACACCUGCCACCACUCACGUCUCAGUGACAGCUUCAACCCAGAAAAUGCCAACAGUGUCAACACUCAUCACUUCUACACAGGAAUUACCAACAUCUUCUCAGAGCCAACAGACUGCAAGCAUGAAGACCACCAGCAAACCUCAAACCACCACAACCACAGAGGUGACCACAUCAGCUCUUUCAGCCUCCACAGGUGACCAAACUGAGACAGACACAGGUUCCCAGGGAACAACCACUCCUCAUGCAACAACCACCUCACAUGCUACCAGCAUGAGCAGCUCACCUUCCAGUACAUACUCCACUGAAAGCUCCUCAGUAGAUACACAACACACAACAGCAACAACUACUCAAGGGUCUACACCUGCCACCACUCAGGUCUCAGUGACAACUUCAACCCAGAAAAUGCCAACAGUGUCAACACUCAUCACUUCUACACAGGAAUUACCAACAUCUUCUCAGAGCCAACAGACUGCAAGCAUGAAGACCACCAGCAAACCUCAAACCACCACAACCACAGAGGUGACCACGUCAGCUCUUUCAGCAUCCUCAGGUGACCAAACCCAGACAGACACAGGUUCCCAGGGAACAACCAUUCCUGAUGAAACAACCACCUCACAUGCUACCAGCAUGAGCAGCUCACGUUCAAGUACACCCUCCUCGGAAAGCACCUCAGUAGAUACACUACACACAACAGCAACAACUACUCAAGGGUCUACACCUGCUACCACUCAGGUCUCAGUGACAACUUCAACCCAGAAAAUGCCAACACUGUCAACACUCAUCACUUCUACACAGGAAUUACCAACAUCUUCUCAGAGCCAACAGACUGCAAGCAUGAAGACCACCAGCAAACCUCAAACCACCACAACCACAGAGGUGACCACAUCAGCUCUUUCAGCAUCCUCAGGUGACCAAACCCAGACAGACACAGGUUCCCAGGGAACAACCACUCCUGAUGCAACAACCACCUCACAUGCUACCAGCAUGAGCAGCUCACCUUCAAGGACACCCUCCACUGAAAGCACCUCAGUAGAUACACUACACACAACAGCAACAACUACUCAAGGUUCUACACCUGCCACCACUCAGGUCUCAAUGACAACUUCAACCCAGAAAAUGUCAACACUGUCAACACCCAUCACUUCUACACAGGAAUUACCAACAUCUUCUCAGAGCCAACAGAUUGCAAGCAUGAAGACCACCAGCAAACCUCAAACCACCACAACCACAGAGGUGACCACAUCAGCUCUUUCAGCAUCCUCAGGUGACCAAACCGAGACAGACACAGGUUCCCAGGGAACAACCAUUCCUGAUGCAACAACCACCUCACAUGCUACCAGCAUGAGCAGCUCACGUUCAAGUACACCCUCCACUGAAAGCUCCUCAGUACAAACACAACACACAACAGCAACAACUACUCAAGGUUCUACACCUGCUACCACUCAGGUCUCAGUGACAACUUCAACCCAGAAAAUGCCAACACUGUCAACACUCAUCACUUCUACACAGGAAUUACCAACAUCUUCUCAGAGCCAACAGACUGCAAGCAUGAAGACCACCAGCAAACCUCAAACCACCACAACCACAGAGGUGACCACAUCAGCUCUUUCAGCAUCCUCAGGUGACCAAACCCAGACAGACACAGGUUCCCAGGGAACAACCAUUCCUGAUGAAACAACCACCUCACAUGCUACCAGCAUGAGCAGCUCACGUUCAAGUACACCCUCCUCGGAAAGCACCUCAGUAGAUACACUACACACAACAGCAACAACUACUCAAGGGUCUACACCUGCUACCACUCAGGUCUCAGUGACAACUUCAACCCAGAAAAUGUCAACACUGUCAACACCCAUCACUUCUACACAGGAAUUACCAACAUCUUCUCAGAGCCAACAGACUGCAAGCAUGAAGACCACCAGCAAACCUCAAACCACGACAACCGCAGAGGUGACCACAUCAGCUCUUUCAGUAUCCUCAGGUGACCAAACCCAGACAGACACAGGUUCCCAGGGAACAACCACUCCUGAUGCAACAACCACCUCACAUGCUACCAGCAUGAGCAGCUCACCUUCAAGGACACCCUCCACUGAAAGCACCUCAGUAGAUACACAACACACAACAGCAACUACUACUCAAGGUUCUACACCUGCCACCACUCAGGUCUCAGUGACAACUUCCAGCCAGAAAAUGCCAACACUGUCAACACUCAUCACUUCAACACAGGAAUUACCAACAUCUUCUCAGAGCCAACAGACUGCAAGCAUGAAGACCACCAGCAAACCUCAAACCACCACAACCACAGAGGUGACCACGUCAGCUCUUUCAGCAUCCUCAGGUGACCAAACCCAGACAGACACAGGUUCCCAGGGAACAACCAUUCCUGAUGAAACAACCACCUCACAUGCUACCAGCAUGAGCAGCUCACGUUCAAGUACACCCUCCUCGGAAAGCACCUCAGUAGAUACACUACACACAACAGCAACAACUACUCAAGGGUCUACACCUGCUACCACUCAGGUCUCAGUGACAACUUCAACCCAGAAAAUGCCAACACUGUCAACACUCAUCACUUCUACACAGGAAUUACCAACAUCUUCUCAGAGCCAACAGACUGCAAGCAUGAAGACCACCAGCAAACCUCAAACCACCACAACCACAGAGGUGACCACAUCAGCUCUUUCAGCAUCCUCAGGUGACCAAACCCAGACAGACACAGGUUCCCAGGGAACAACCACUCCUGAUGCAACAACCACCUCACAUGCUACCAGCAUGAGCAGCUCACCUUCAAGGACACCCUCCACUGAAAGCACCUCAGUAGAUACACUACACACAACAGCAACAACUACUCAAGGUUCUACACCUGCCACCACUCAGGUCUCAAUGACAACUUCAACCCAGAAAAUGUCAACACUGUCAACACCCAUCACUUCUACACAGGAAUUACCAACAUCUUCUCAGAGCCAACAGAUUGCAAGCAUGAAGACCACCAGCAAACCUCAAACCACCACAACCACAGAGGUGACCACAUCAGCUCUUUCAGCAUCCUCAGGUGACCAAACCGAGACAGACACAGGUUCCCAGGGAACAACCAUUCCUGAUGCAACAACCACCUCACAUGCUACCAGCAUGAGCAGCUCACGUUCAAGUACACCCUCCACUGAAAGCUCCUCAGUACAAACACAACACACAACAGCAACAACUACUCAAGGUUCUACACCUGCUACCACUCAGGUCUCAGUGACAACUUCAACCCAGAAAAUGCCAACACUGUCAACACUCAUCACUUCUACACAGGAAUUACCAACAUCUUCUCAGAGCCAACAGACUGCAAGCAUGAAGACCACCAGCAAACCUCAAACCACCACAACCACAGAGGUGACCACAUCAGCUCUUUCAGCAUCCUCAGGUGACCAAACCCAGACAGACACAGGUUCCCAGGGAACAACCAUUCCUGAUGAAACAACCACCUCACAUGCUACCAGCAUGAGCAGCUCACGUUCAAGUACACCCUCCUCGGAAAGCACCUCAGUAGAUACACUACACACAACAGCAACAACUACUCAAGGUUCUACACCUGCUACCACUCAGGUCUCAGUGACAACUUCAACCCAGAAAAUGUCAACACUGUCAACACCCAUCACUUCUACACAGGAAUUACCAACAUCUUCUCAGAGCCAACAGACUGCAAGCAUGAAGACCACCAGCAAACCUCAAACCACGACAACCGCAGAGGUGACCACAUCAGCUCUUUCAGUAUCCUCAGGUGACCAAACCCAGACAGACACAAGUUCCCAGGGAACAACCACUCCUGAUGCAACAACCACCUCACAUGCUACCAGCAUGAGCAGCUCACCUUCAGGUACACCCUCCUCGGAAAGCACCUCAGUAGAUACACAACACACAACAGCAACAACUACUCAAGUGUCUACACCUGCCACCACUCACGUCUCAGUGACAGCUUCAACCCAGAAAAUGCCAACAGUGUCAACACUCAUCACUUCUACACAGGAAUUACCAACAUCUUCUCAGAGCCAACAGACUGCAAGCAUGAAGACCACCAGCAAACCUCAAACCACCACAACCACAGAGGUGACCACAUCAGCUCUUUCAGCCUCCACAGGUGACCAAACUGAGACAGACACAGGUUCCCAGGGAACAACCACUCCUCAUGCAACAACCACCUCACAUGCUACCAGCAUGAGCAGCUCACCUUCCAGUACAUACUCCACUGAAAGCUCCUCAGUAGAUACACAACACACAACAGCAACAACUACUCAAGGGUCUACACGUGCCACCACUCACGUCUCAGUGACAGCUUCAACCCAGAAAAUGCCAACAGUGUCAACACUCAUCACUUCAACACAGGAAUUACCAACAUCUUCUCAGAGCCAACAGACUGCAAGCAUGAAGACCACCAGCAAACCUCAAACCACCACAACCACAGAGGUGACCACAUCAGCUCUUUCAGCAUCCUCAGGUGACCAAACCCAGACAGACACAGGUUCCCAGGGAACAACCACUCCUGAUGCAACAACCACCUCACAUGCUACCAGCAUGAGCAGCUCACCUUCAAGGACACCCUCCACUGAAAGCACCUCAGUAGAUACACAACACACAACAGCAACUACUACUCAAGGUUCUACACCUGCCACCACUCAGGUCUCAGUGACAACUUCCAGCCAGAAAAUGCCAACACUGUCAACACUCAUCACUUCAACACAGGAAUUACCAACAUCUUCUCAGAGCCAACAGACUGCAAGCAUGAAGACCACCAGCAAACCUCAAACCACCACAACCACAGAGGUGACCACGUCAGCUCUUUCAGCAUCCUCAGGUGACCAAACCCAGACAGACACAGGUUCCCAGGGAACAACCAUUCCUGAUGAAACAACCACCUCACAUGCUACCAGCAUGAGCAGCUCACGUUCAAGUACACCCUCCUCGGAAAGCACCUCAGUAGAUACACUACACACAACAGCAACAACUACUCAAGGUUCUACACCUGCUACCACUCAGGUCUCAGUGACAACUUCAACCCAGAAAAUGCCAACACUGUCAACACUCAUCACUUCUACACAGGAAUUACCAACAUCUUCUCAGAGCCAACAGACUGCAAGCAUGAAGACCACCAGCAAACCUCAAACCACCACAACCACAGAGGUGACCACAUCAGCUCUUUCAGCAUCCUCAGGUGACCAAACCCAGACAGACACAGGUUCCCAGGGAACAACCACUCCUGAUGCAACAACCACCUCACAUGCUACCAGCAUGAGCAGCUCACCUUCAAGGACACCCUCCACUGAAAGCACCUCAGUAGAUACACUACACACAACAGCAACAACUACUCAAGGUUCUACACCUGCCACCACUCAGGUCUCAAUGACAACUUCAACCCAGAAAAUGUCAACACUGUCAACACCCAUCACUUCUACACAGGAAUUACCAACAUCUUCUCAGAGCCAACAGAUUGCAAGCAUGAAGACCACCAGCAAACCUCAAACCACCACAACCACAGAGGUGACCACAUCAGCUCUUUCAGCAUCCUCAGGUGACCAAACCGAGACAGACACAGGUUCCCAGGGAACAACCAUUCCUGAUGAAACAACCACCUCACAUGCUACCAGCAUGAGCAGCUCACGUUCAAGUACACCCUCCACUGAAAGCUCCUCAGUACAAACACAACACACAACAGCAACAACUACUCAAGGUUCUACACCUGCUACCACUCAGGUCUCAGUGACAACUUCAACCCAGAAAAUGCCAACACUGUCAACACUCAUCACUUCUACACAGGAAUUACCAACAUCUUCUCAGAGCCAACAGACUGCAAGCAUGAAGACCACCAGCAAACCUCAAACCACCACAACCACAGAGGUGACCACAUCAGCUCUUUCAGCAUCCUCAGGUGACCAAACCCAGACAGACACAGGUUCCCAGGGAACAACCAUUCCUGAUGAAACAACCACCUCACAUGCUACCAGCAUGAGCAGCUCACGUUCAAGUACACCCUCCUCGGAAAGCACCUCAGUAGAUACACUACACACAACAGCAACAACUACUCAAGGUUCUACACCUGCUACCACUCAGGUCUCAGUGACAACUUCAACCCAGAAAAUGUCAACACUGUCAACACCCAUCACUUCUACACAGGAAUUACCAACAUCUUCUCAGAGCCAACAGACUGCAAGCAUGAAGACCACCAGCAAACCUCAAACCACGACAACCGCAGAGGUGACCACAUCAGCUCUUUCAGUAUCCUCAGGUGACCAAACCCAGACAGACACAGGUUCCCAGGGAACAACCACUCCUGAUGCAACAACCACCUCACAUGCUACCAGCAUGAGCAGCUCACCUUCAGGUACACCCUCCUCGGAAAGCACCUCAGUAGAUACACAACACACAACAGCAACAACUACUCAAGUGUCUACACCUGCCACCACUCACGUCUCAGUGACAGCUUCAACCCAGAAAAUGCCAACAGUGUCAACACUCAUCACUUCUACACAGGAAUUACCAACAUCUUCUCAGAGCCAACAGACUGCAAGCAUGAAGACCACCAGCAAACCUCAAACCACCACAACCACAGAGGUGACCACAUCAGCUCUUUCAGCCUCCACAGGUGACCAAACUGAGACAGACACAGGUUCCCAGGGAACAACCACUCCUCAUGCAACAACCACCUCACAUGCUACCAGCAUGAGCAGCUCACCUUCCAGUACAUACUCCACUGAAAGCUCCUCAGUAGAUACACAACACACAACAGCAACAACUACUCAAGGGUCUACACGUGCCACCACUCACGUCUCAGUGACAGCUUCAACCCAGAAAAUGCCAACAGUGUCAACACUCAUCACUUCAACACAGGAAUUACCAACAUCUUCUCAGAGCCAACAGACUGCAAGCAUGAAGACCACCAGCAAACCUCAAACCACCACAACCACAGAGGUGACCACAUCAGCUCUUUCAGCAUCCUCAGGUGACCAAACCGAGACAGACACAGGUUCCCAGGGAACAACCAUUCCUGAUGAAACAACCACCUCACAUGCUACCAGCAUGAGCAGCUCACGUUCAAGUACACCCUCCUCGGAAAGCACCUCAGUAGAUACACAACACACAACAGCAACAACUACUCAAGGUUCUACACCUGCCAUCACUCAGGUCUCAGUGACAACUUCCAGCCAGAAAAUGCCAACACUGUCAACACCCAUCACUUCUACACAGGAAUUAACAACAUCUUCUCAGAGCCAACAGACUGCAAGCAUGAAGACCACCAGCAAACCUCAAACCACCACAACCACAGAGGUGACCACAUCAGCUCUUUCAGCAUCCUCAGGUGACCAAACCGAGACAGACACAGGUUCCCAGGGAACAACCAUUCCUGAUGAAACAACCACCUCACAUGCUACCAGCAUGAGCAGCUUACGUUCAAGUACACCCUCCUCGGAAAGCACCUCAGUAGAUACACUACACACAACAGCAACAACUACUCAAGGUUCUACACCUGCUACCACUCAGGUCUCAGUGACAACUUCAACCCAGAAAAUGUCAACACUGUCAACACCCAUAACUUCUACACAGGAAUUAGCAGCAUCUUCUCAGAGCCAACAGACUGCAAGCAUGAAGACCACCAGCAAACCUCAAACCACCACAACCACAGAGGUGACCACAUCAGCUCUUUCAGCAUCCUCAGGUGACCAAACCGAGACAGACACAGGUUCCCAGGGAACAACCAUUCCUGAUGAAACAACCACCUCACAUGCUACCAGCAUGAGCAGCUUACGUUCAAGUACACCCUCCUCGGAAAGCACCUCAGUAGAUACACAACACACAACAGCAACAACUACUCAAGGUUCUACACCUGCCAUCACUCAGGUCUCAGUGACAACUUCCAGCCAGAAAAUGCCAACAGUGUCAACACUCAUCACUUCUACACAGGAAUUACCAACAUCUUCUCAGAGCCAACAGACUGCAAGCAUGAAGACCACCAGCAAACCUCAAACCACCACAACCACAGAGGUGACCACAUCAGCUCUUUCAGCAUCCUCAGGUGACCAAACCCAGAUAGACACAGGUUCCCAGGGAACAACCACUCCUGAUGCAACAACCACCUCACAUGCUACCAGCAUGAGCAGCUCACGUUCAAGUACACCCUCCUCGGAAAGCACCUCAGUAGAUACACUACACACAACAGCAACAACUACUCAAGGUUCUACACCUGCCACCACUCAGGUCUCAGUGACAACUUCAACCCAGAAAAUGCCAACACUGUCAACACCCAUCACUUCUACACAGGAAUUACCAACAUCUUCUCAGAGCCAACAGACUGCAAGCAUGAAGACCACCAGCAAACCUCAAACCACCACAACCACAGAGGUGACCACAUUAGCUCUUUCAGCCUCCACAGGUGACCAAACCGAGACAGACACAGGUUCCCAGGGAACAACCACUCCUGAUGCAACAACCACCUCACAUGCUACCAGCAUGAGCAGCUCACCUUCAAGGACACCCUCCACUGAAAGCACCUCAGUAGAUACACAACAUACAACAGCAACAACUACUCAAGUUUCUACACCUGCCAUCACUCAGAUCUCAGUGACAACUUCCAGCCAGAAAAUGUCAACACUGUCGACACUCAUCACUUCUACACAGGAAUUAGCAGCAUCUUCUCAGAGCCAACAGACUGCAAGCAUGAAGACCACCAGCAAACCUCAAACCACCAUAAUUGCAGUGGUUAAUGCCUCAGUCCUUUCAUCAUUCUCAAGGGGAUCCACUCAAACACAGACUGUGUCUUGGGGAACACUAUCCUCAGGGAAAAUAACUUCCCCAUCUAUUUCGAGCACGAAUUCCCCACCUUUAGCGACAUCAGACAUAAUCACCACCAGACACUCCACUUCAGGUAACACCAGGCACACACUUGUAACUGGAAGCCUCAGUGUGUUAACAUCAAGAGUUGCAAGUACAACUCUAGGUGGACUGUCCACCGCAGUGCACAGCGGCUCUACUCAGCAGCGAUUGUCCACACAUACUCCGAGUUACUGGACAGAAGGCAUGGGGACAUCCAGCCUAUCUCAAAACAGCACCCUCACCGAGGUAACCACAGAAAAGCAUUCUUCUUCACCUGGACCCACUGUGACAGAGACCUUUUCUCAUGGGACGUCCUCCUCAGGAUUGGCCAUGAAGACAGACAAUGACAGAAGCACAACAGUCUCGGCCACCUCCUUGACCCUUACUACUCCCAGCGCCACCACAGCCUCCAGGUCCACAGUGCCUCCAGCCCCUCCUUUACCAGAUCAGUACAUUUCUCUCUUCCCCUACGGGUCUGAAGCUGGAGACAGGAAAUUGUUUUCCAGGACUGUGGAUUUUAACUCACCAAUCUUCAAGAUUCAGAUUGGCUUUCCCCUCGGCUCCUCCCUGAGAGAUUCCUUCUACUUUACAGAUAAUGGUCAGAUCAUUUUCCCAGAGUCAGACUACGAUGUCUUCUCCUACCCCAACCCUCCUCAAAGAGGCUUCACAGGAAGGGAGCAUGUGGCCAUGGUGGCCCCAUUCUGGGGUGAUGCUGAUUUCUCUAGCUCCAGGGGAGCCAUAUUUUACCAGGAAUAUGUCACAUUUUACAACGAAUACUAUCAGCUAAUCCGGGAGGUGGAGACUUUGAUUAGCGAGGUUACAAGUGACUGGAGCUUCAAAGCCAAGUGGACACUGAAGGUCACCUGGGUCAAUGUUCCUGCCUAUCCUGCCCAGUGGAGCUUUGGGACCAAUACCUACCAAGCCAUCCUCUCCACAGAUGGGAGCAGGUCCUACGCCCUGUUUCUCUACCAGAGCAGUGGCAUGAAGUGGGAUGUGACCCAGGGACCGUACAACCGAGUGCUGAUUGGCUUCUCCAGUGGAGAUGGGUAUUUUGAAAACAGCCCGCUGACAUCCCGGCCAGCAACGGAGAAGUACCGUCCAGAUCGAUUCCUGAAUUCUGAAUUAGGCAUCCGGGGACUACAGGUCUACAAGCUACACAGGGAGGUGCGGCCCAACUACCGGCUCAAGUGUCUGUGGUGGCUGGAGAGUCAGCCUCAGCAGCCCAGCUGGGGCUGGAACGAGAUUACCUGCCCUUGCUCCUGGCAGCAGGGACAACGGGACUUCCGGUUCUGGCACAUCAACACAGGUUGGCCGGACAGGCAGCUGUGCAGCUUCUCCUCCGGGCGAGAGGGCGUGUGCUGCAGCUAUGGCACCUGGGGAGAGUUCCGAGAAGGCUGGAGAAUGCACAGUCCUUGGCAGUUUGAUGAGGAACGGGAGGCGCAGAACUGGUGCUGCCGCUGGAAUGACAAGCCCUCGUUCUGUGCCCGAUACCAGCGCAGGCGGCCCCGCGUUAGCUGUGCUGGAUACAGACCCCCACGGCCCGCUUGGACAUUUGGUGAUCCCCACAUCACCACUUUGGAUAAUGCCAACUACACCUUCAACGGGCUAGGGGACUUCCUCCUGGUCCGGGCCCAGAACAGAAAUUCCUCAUUCUUGCUUGAGGGCCGCACUGCCCAGACUGGCUCUGCCAAGGCCACUAACUUCAUUGCCUUUGCGGCUCAGUACAACACUAGCAGCCUGAAGUCUCCCAUCACAGUUCAGUGGUUUCUUGAGCCCAAUAACACAAUCCGAGUUGUACAUAAUAACCAGACUGUGGCCUUUAACACCAGCGACACCAAAGAUUUACCUAUGUUCAAUUCCACUGGUGUUCUGCUGAACCAAAAUGGCUCCGAAGUCUCAGCCAACUUUGAUGGUACGGUGACUAUCUCCGUGAUUGCUCUCUCCAACAUCCUACAUGCCUCCUCCAGCCUAUCAGUGGAGUACCGCAACCACACAGAGGGACUUCUGGGAGUCUGGAAUGACAAUCCAGAAGAUGACUUCAGGAUGCCCAAUGGCUCCACCAUUCCCUCAAACAGCUCUGAGGAGACUCUUUUCCAUUACGGAAUGACAUGGCAAGUCAACGGGACAGGCCUCCUUGGGAUGAGGACAGAUCCUCUGCCUACCAAGUUCACCCCCAUCUUUUUGUCCCAACUGUCGAAUAAGAGUUUCUCAGGUGAAGACUUGGCCUCUGCGUGCAAUGGUGACAAACAGUGCCAGUUUGACAUUCUGGCCACGGGAAACAGAAAUAUUGGACAAAGCACCAAUUUGAUCUUUAGAACAUUCCAGCACCUGAACAACACACUCAAUCAAUAUCCGCCCUCUAUCAACUGCAGCAGCAAGAUCCAAGCCUACAAGGGGCGGAGAGUGACCACUGAGAUCACCAGCGACUCUAAGGAUGUCACAUUCAGCCUCUUCAACACGUGUGGUGGCUUUAAGCUCUUUGAAAACGGGAGUUUGCAGUGGACACCAACAUCCCCAGAAGCAUGUACCCUGGAGAUUCUAGCAACGGAUGUCAGGACUAACUUGUCAUCGGUACUCCAGCCCAAGACUGUGGCUUGCUUCUGCAGUAAGGAGGACCAGUGUUUGUACAAUGAGACCAGCAGAGAGGGCAAUUCUUCCCUUGAGGUGACCAGCUGCAAGUGUGAUGGGAACGCCUUCGGCCGCUUUUGUGAACGCUUUGAGGACCCCUGUGCUGAGCCAUGCUUCCCUAAUGUGGACUGCACUCCUGGGAAGGGCUGUCAGACCUGCCCUCCAAACAUGGCUGGAGAUGGACGCCAUUGUGCAGCUCUGGAGGACUCUGUAUUCUGCCCAAACCAUUCCUGUCCUGUGAAUUACUGCUAUAACCAUGGCCACUGCGACAUCUCUGGGGCUCCAGACUGCCAGCCCACUUGCACCUGCCCCCCUGCCUUCACUGAUAACCGCUGCUUCCUGGCUGGGAACAAUUUCACUCCUACCAUCUCUAAAGAUCUUCCCUUGAGGACCAUCAUACUCUCUCUCCGGGAGGAUGAAAACGCCUUCGAAGAUGACGUCAACGCCUCGGUGGCACACAUACUAGAGAACCUGGACAUGCGAGUGUUUCUCUCCAACAGCUUAGUGGAACUGAUACGAACCUCUCCUGGAGCACAGCCCUCGAACAAGUCCAUUCAUCACUGGAAGGUCACCUCCCACUUCAAGUACCGUCCCAGGGGCCCACUCAUCCACUAUCUGAACACCCAGCUGAUAGACGCCGUGGUGGAGGCCUUCCUCCUCCAGGCUCGGCAGGAGAGGCAGAAGAAGAGCGGAGGAGCCAGGAAGAACGUCCACUUCUUCCCCAUCUCAAGGGCAGAUGUCCAGGAUGGGACGGCUUUGGACCUAAGUAAGCUGGACAGGUACUUCACAUGUCCUGGCUACAAAGGCUACCAUCUGGUCUACAGCCCCCAGGAUGGCGUCACCUGUGUGUCCCCAUGUCGUGAGGGCUACUGUCAGAAUGGAGGCCAGUGCGAGCACCUGCCAAAUGGGCCCCGGUGCAGCUGCACAUCCUUCACCAUCUACACAUCCUGGGGCGAGCACUGUGAGCACCUGAGUAUGAAACUUGGGGCCUUCUUUGGGAUCCUCUUCGGAACCCUGGGCACCCUCUUGCUACUGGGGAUCCUAGCAUUUGUGGUCUUUCACUUCUGCGGCUGCUCCAUGAACAAGUUCUCCUACCCUUUGGACUCAGAAUUGUGAGGCCUCGUCCCAGACGGGCAGCUGCACCUAGGAUACCUCAGGACCCACCCAUCAGUCUGCCUCCGCUCUAGGGAGACUAGAAAAGGCCUGCUGCAUGAAGAUGAACUGAGAUCUUCAAGAAUGAGUAAAGGGAGUGAAACCAGACUCUCCCUUUGUAGUAGAUCAGGGGUACAGGAAAAGGCCAUGAUGACCAAAUAUACAGAUGGAUGGGUUCCUAUGCAGACACGUACAUAGGAUGCAGUCUAUGUAUGAGUGCAGACUGUGUGUGUACACACCAGAGUUAAUGGAUGCUUUACAUUGGCCAAAAUGUUUUUACAUAUAAAACUGGCUUAGUUCUCAUUAAAAUCUAUUUAAAUAAAGUCUCUUUCUUCUUAUGUCUUCAAA